CGUUUCCAAGUCAAGAUGAUGAAGACGAUGACAUCGCGACAGAAGGGCGUAAGAGGCUGGUAGCGCAAGUGGGGCAAACCCGCACCUCCGCUUUCCUAUAGAGCAACAACGACCGCUCGCGGGCGGGAUUGCCAGUUGCGGAUGUCAGCGAUUGUUGUUACUACGCGUGAUCACAACUUAAAUAUGAGGUUCAGCACGAUAUUUUUCAUUCGAGACAACGCCCACAAUGCACUCCACGAAAGACGGACAGUCCAACAGCCACAGUGGUUACGAUCAACCACCGAUCGGACCUCGGCUGUUCUCUGUUAAGAAACCACCAUCGUUGGACGAUUUCAAGAAGCUCACAACAGAGUCUGUGCCCUGUCAUUAUCCGCUUGCGAAAGCUGUCGAAUUGAAUGUACCCAUCUACCACCUUCCCGAUUACCACUCGCUCAGUCCAGAGGAGCGCUCUGCGCUUCAAGAUGAAUGGUAUCACAUCCUGCUUUCGGGGCCAGGGGUGUUCGUCACCAAGGAUCUGUACAAAGACACUUCCCUGCUUGAAAAAGUAAAUAGGGUUUACGCAAACAUUAUCGCAGAAGAAAAGAAAGUGGCUGGCAAACGCGGUGACCACUUUGCCGGAGCUGGAGCAAACGAUCGCAUCUGGAACUCACUCUCAAAGCACUGCCUACAAGAUCCGGAAUCGUUUGCAACAUAUUACGCAAACCCAUGGCUGCCGCUAAUUUCUGAGGCAUGGCUGGGUCCACAUCAUCGCCUGACUUCACAAGUCAACAUCGUGAAGCCGGGCGCAAAGGCUCAGAUCUCUCAUAGAGACUACCAUAUUGGGUUUCAAGACAAUCAGUCGUGCGAGAGGUUUCCCAAGGCAAUGCAAGUUGCAUCGCAGUUUCUCACACUUCAGGGAGCAGUCGCGCACUCCGCUAUGCCGGUAGAGAGUGGGCCGACUAGGCUUUUGCCGUUCAGUCAAAAGUUCGAGGAGGGUUACAUGGCGUAUCGUAUUCCGGAGUUUGCAGACUACUUUCUGGAGAAGUAUGUAUCUAUGCCACUGGAGAUGGGUGACGGGCUGUUCUUCAAUCCAGCUUUAUUCCAUGCCGCGGGACAGAAUGACUCGGCCGAUAUCAAUCGAUCAGCCAACUUGCUGCAAAUAUCAUCAGCCUUUGGUAAACCAAUGGAGUCUGUCGAUACAUACGCACUUGUCGAAAAGACGUGGGAUGCGAUGUCCACGAUGUAUCAAAAGGAAGGGCUCAGCGACGAACUUAGAGCCCUCGUGAGCGUUGUCGCAGAAGGAUACCCAUUUCCGACCAACCUCGAUAGGAGGGUGCCUGAAACGGCCGGCAUGGCACCUGAAAGCGAGCAGGAUGUAUUGGUGAAGAAUCUAAAGAAGAAGGAUACAAGACAGGCUGUGUUGGAUAUACUAGCGACAAUGCGAAGAGAGUCUAUGGCGUAGAUACCGCAUUCGUGGUACUCGCUGAGCGGUUCACGUGAAAGCAUGCAAGCCCUCAGUGUGUAACGUAAACCAAUAUACAGAAUCUGAGUCCAAGCAAAC